CCGCUUCCGACGCGUUUCGCCGCGUAAUUUUCGACUCAUCGACGACCGCGACGGCCGCAGAACCACUGUACCGGGUCUCGUUAAUUUACGGGGAAAAUGGACCGCGCCCAGCGAGUCAUACAUACCGCCAAUCAAUCAAAGAGCCAAUUAGAGGCGCUGCCGAGUAUAUGUGUCAAAAGUUGUAUUUAUUUACGUCGUGGAUUUUUAACGUGGAACAAUUAACUGUAAUUGACACUACGUCACUGCUCUUGCAAAAGAUGUUGGUCUGGAUUCUCUUUUUGUUCCUGGCUUUGGGAAAUGGCCAGGAAUGGCCAUUGCCUCAGUUCACCCCACAGGAACCGACAGAAUCUACCUCUAGGCUUCCAUGGAAUCGUUACGACGAGUGGGAUCAGAAUGCAGGAGGCUUUGGAUUCCGGAAUCCUUUAGGUCAAAAUGAGAAUGUUAUAAUUAAACAAUCUACGUACUUUGUGGUGGCGUCUCGCAUGGUCAGACCAGGUCAAGUGUACAGAGUUGCUGUGAAUAUUCUUCACAGCCCACUACCUAUGACGGUGCGUACAUCUAUUCAGCGAAACGGCGUGGAGAUAUCGGCGGACCAUCAGGAAGUAAAGGAGGGCAUACCUGAAACUUUGAUGAUGCGCAUGCCACCCACUUCUGUGGGUGGUGACUACAAGUUGCGCGUGGAAGGGAUGUAUAACAAUCUGGAAGGUGGCCAGGCCUUUCUGAAUGAAACCAAACUAAUAUUCUCCCAGCGCUCCAUGACCAUUUUCAUACAGUUGGACAAGCCCAUGUACAUGCAGGGUGAAACAGUGCGAUUCAGAACGAUUCCGAUCAAUACGGAGCUAAAAGCUUACGACAAUCCCGUGGACGUGUACAUGUUAGAUCCGAAUAGAAGAAUUAUGAGAAGGUGGCUGAGCAGACAGAGCAAUCUAGGUACAGUGUCGCUAUCGUACCAGCUUUCCGAUCAACCGGUCUUUGGUGAAUGGAUCGUGCAAGUAAUAGCGCAGAGUCAAGUGGAGGAGAAGACGUUCCUCGUAGAAGAAUACUAUCAGACGCGUUUCGAAGUCAACGUCACGAUGCCGGCAUUCUUCUUUGACAACGAUCCCUACAUUUACGGUAUCGUUCAGGCGAAUUACACCUCGGGCGCGCCGGUGAGGGGUAAUCUGACUCUGAAGGCCAGUUUCAAGCCAUUGGAGAGAAUACGCAAUCCCACCCAAUUGCCGAUCGAUCCCGUCGAGAGAUACUUCAACUUCAAUGAAUAUUAUCCAUCGUGGUUUAGAAUACUCGAUGUAUACGAGGAGAGAAUACCGGUGUUGAGAUUUUUCAAUGGAACGUACCAUUUUCAAUAUCCUAUGCGGGAAUUGCUGACCUUUGUUCCGUCGACUGAAGGAAUGGAAGUCACCAUGAUCGCAACAGUGGGCGAGAGGUUUUUGGAUGAAGUGAUCGUCGGCUACUCUACGGCAAGGAUCUUCAAUUCCACCACGAAGGUCCGUUUCCUUGGCGGCAGUCCACAGGUCUUCAAGCCAGCGAUGCCGUUCACCUUACAACUGGUCGCGUCUUUCCACGACAAUUCGCCGCUACGGUUUACGCAGUUGAGGGACGCUGUAAUGGAAAUUCGCGCAGACAUCGAGAUGCGAAGCGGCGGACGUCGCAACAUUGAUACUCAGUAUCCGAGGGCAUCGCCGGAACACGCGGACGUGUGGACCGUAAAGAUGGAUCUCAGGAAACAGCUGGGGCUGGAACACGACGCCGAUCGCGCCAAUCAGAUUCUGAAUGACAUCGCCUCUAUGAGGAUCUUCGCGCACAUCACUGAUGGUGAGGGUUACAGAGCACAAACCGAGUUGCUUCUGCUCGCCCACGAGUCUCCGAAUAUGAAGCACAUUAAGAUAUCAACAUCAACCGAAAAGCCGAAAGUCGGCGAAUACAUGGUGUUCCACGUGCAGACCAACUUCUACAUUGAUGCCUUUAACUACAUCAUCAUGUCCAAAGGCAUAAUACUUUUGUCUGGUGAGGACAACAUGCAGCACAAUAUAAAGACUUUCGCGAUUCCUCUGAGUCCUGAGAUGGCUCCCGUCGCAACAGCAGUAGUGUAUUACGUGGGCCGCUACGGCGAGGUCGUUGCAGAUUCAUUGACCUUCCCAGUGAACGGCAUCUCGCGCAACAACUUUACCGUGUUCAUCAAUAACAAGAAGGCAAGGACGGGCGAACGCGUCGAGGUGGCUAUCUACGGCGAACCCGGUGCCUACGUCGCCUUGUCGGGUAUCGACCGCUCGUUCUACACCAUGCAAGCAGGUAAUGAAUUAUCAUAUGCGAACGUGAUCACAAAGAUGGCUCACUUCGACGAGGAGACCAACGGCACGAACAUGCACACUUGGCAGUAUCACGACGGUGAUCCAGAUGAGAUGGUGUAUUACCCGUCCUCCACCUUCGGCAUUGACGUCAAUCGCACGUUCGAUUACAUUGGCCUAGUCGUCUUCACGGACGCUGUGUUAUACCGAAGACCCGAACUCUGUAAUCGGACGCAGGGAUAUGGCGAGUGCUUAACCGGUCGAUGCUACAGACUGGAGAAAAAAUGCGACGGCAUAUUUGAUUGCGAAGACGGUACGGACGAGGCACGAUGCGUCGAGCGGAAUGCGACUGACUUAGCACAGUUCCGCAAGUGGCGGUUCAAUCGGAUCCAAAGACAGUACGAGAAUGUUUGGCUGUGGAAAGAUAUCAAUAUUGGCCCACACGGUCGGCAAAUCUUUAAUCUAGACGUACCACGAAGACCGGUACACUGGAUGGUCACCGUGUUCAGCAUGUCGCCCAGCAUCGGCUUCGGUAUGUUGCCGAAGGCGCUGGACUACACUGGCGUCCUGCCGUUCUACAUAAACGUGGAGAUGCCGACACACAGCAGACAAGGCGAGCAAAUUGGUAUUCGCGUAUCCGUCUUCAAUUAUAUGCGCUAUAAUAUCGAGGCAACGGUUGUUCUAGCAGACUCCAAAGAUUAUAAGUUUAUUCACGUUGAGGAUAAUGGCAUUGUGCAGUCAUACAAGCCGCGCACCUCCUUUGGCGAGCAUCAGUUUUUCAUCUGGAUUCCCGCUCAAGAUGCCAGUAUCGUUUAUUUGCCCAUUGUGCCGGUGAGACUCGGUGACAUCAAAAUUCACGUCUAUGCGACCACUCUGAUCGGCAAGGAUUCGGUGAUUCGCAAUCUACACGUCGAGGCGGAUGGUGUGCCGCAGUAUCGACAUCAAUCGAUUCUACUAGAUCUCAGUAAUCGCGCUUACGUGUUCCAAUACAUGCACGUAAAUAUCACAGAGACACCGAUUAUACCGUAUGACGAAAACCGUUACUACGUAUUUGGGUCUAAUAAAGCGACUAUCAGCUUGGUCGGCGACGUGGUAGGACCUAUUUUCCCAACGAUGCCAGUAAACGCAACGAGUCUUAUGAACCUGCCAAUGGAUUGCGCCGAGCAGAACAUGUUCAGUUUUGCCGCCAACAUGUAUACCACCUUGUAUAUGCGCUUGAUCAAUCAGCGCAAUCGCACGCAGGAAAAAGAGAGUUUCUACUACAUGAAUAUCGGUUAUCAACGACAGCUGUCAUUCAUGAAUCCCGACGGAUCUUUCAGCUUUUUCCGUACUGAUUGGAAUCAGUCAACGCCAAGCGUCUGGCUGACAGCAUUCUGUGCGCGAAUCUUCCAGGAGGCCAGCUUCUACGAAUGGGAGAAUUACCUGUAUAUUGAUCCCGAGGUAAUCGCUCAAGCGGUUUCUUGGAUACUGAAGCAUCAAUCGCCGGAAGGCGCGUUCUACGAAGUGACCUGGCUACCAGACCGAAAGAUGAAUAGUUCCUUAAACUACAGAAACGACAUAAUAGUCCAUCGAAAUAUCAGUCUCACUGCUCAUGUGCUCAUCACACUAGAGAGCGUCAAGGAUCUUACAGGCGGCCUAGGUUCUCAAGUGGCUCUGAGCGCGGCUAACGCUAUCAAAUGGUUGGAGAGAAAUCUGAAUCUGUUAGAGGCUCGCGGUAAGCCUUAUGAGAUAGCAAUAGUGGCCUAUGCACUCUUGGUAGCGAAAUCCUCGAAUGCCGAAUAUGCCUUCAAUAUUCUGGCGAGACACGCACGAAGAGAAGGCGGAUUAACAUACUGGGGCAGAGAACAAGUACCACUUCCUCCAUACAAGAUGGAAAAUCAGAAACCUUUCCUAUUGCCGCGAUUACCGUAUAAGUACGACUCGGAGAACAUAGAGACAACUGCGUACGCGCUACUUGUUCAUGUUGCCCGGCAAGAAAUCAUGAUAGAACCAAUAAUAAAGUGGCUGAAUGCGCAAAGGUUGACGGAUGGUGGAUGGGCUUCCACUCAGGAUACCGUAUGGGCAAUGAAGGCUCUGAUGGAGUACACCGUGAGGUCAAGAAUUAGGGAUGUCAGUGCGCUCACGGUAACGGUAGAGGCUACUGCUUUGCCAGGGAAGACUAAGACGUUAACUGUGAAUGACAAAAAUCUAGCGAGGCUUCAAACUAUUGAGAUUCCUGAAGCAUGGGGAACUGUAAAGGUACAAGCGAAAGGCGCGGGCUACGCUAUUUUGCAAAUGCACGUGCAAUAUAAUGUAGAUAUAAAGAAAUUCCAAACAGAGCCGCCGGUUAAAGCCUUCGAUCUAGUCACCAGAGCAAAUUUCCAUGGUAGAAAUCAGUCUCACAUCUCGUAUCUUAGCUGUCAAAGAUGGACGAAUAUCAACGAAUCUGUACGUUCUGGCAUGGCUGUGCUGGAUGUAGAAGUACCAACUGGCUACAUAAUCCAGCAGCAAACCUUGGACAGAUACAUUCUAUCGAAGCAGGUGAGGAAUCUUCAAAGAGCACGUUUCCAAGAAAGAAAAGUGGUCUUCUACUUCGAUUAUCUGGACAGUGAAGAAACGUGCGUAAACUUCACGGUGGAACGUUGGUAUCCGGUCGCAAACAUGUCGAGAUACCUUUCCAUUCGUGUUUACGAUUACUAUUCGCCAGAACGUUUCAACGAAUCUAUAUUCGAUGCACUGCCUACAUAUACAUUAAAUAUAUGUGAGGUUUGCGGCAGCUCCCAGUGUCCCUACUGCCCAAUUUACAAUGCUGCUAUGCUUUUAACUACACCAACAGGUUUCCUGCUUGUCGCAUCGCUUGUCGUCACGUUAACGAGGUACUUCCGAACGCAGCAAUUCGGCGAUGGCUAGCGAUAACGCAAAGGUAAAAGCAUUUGUCCAUUCUAUCGCCAUGAUUUGCCUCAGUUAACGGAGCACAAAUCUGGAAUAAUACAAUAAAUUAGAACAUAGUACAUGUCCACGAAUCUCAUUUUUAAAUAAUCUGAAAAAUCGUUUUUAUAUGACUUUACAAAUAUGAUACGCGUGUGCAAUGAUCAAUGUGGAAUGAUGAAUUUUAAGAAUUAAUUUCUUUUUUGAUUACUUUUAAUAAUUUUGACUUUUUAUACACAAUGCUUAAACUGAAGAUUUUUUCGCUAUGCAAUUUGUGUAGCACAGAUACAUUUCGUAAUUAUAAAAAUCUCACGAUCUUUUUAUAUUCUUAUUUUCAUAUAUUUUCGCGCAUGUAAACGAUACUUUAGAAGAUUAUAUUUUGUCAAGAGCAAUUAAUAUUUUAGGCUCGAAGGCUUUUACAAUAUAGAAAGUAUAUUAUUAUUUAUAUUUUUGAAUUAUACAAAGCGCGCACAAACUGAUUUUGUCAUAAGAUUGCACAAUCAAAAGUAAUUUCUGAAAGUAAUUGCAAUACUAACGCAAUUUCGCGAAUUUUACAUUUUAAUUGUAUUGUUUAAUGAGAAUUAUUGUGAAUAUUAUCCGUCCUUUUUUUUUUAAAUCUUAGAAUGCAUGAAAUUUUUUUACUUUUUAUAUGGUUAGGGCAUCGUACUUUUGGAGGCAAAGCAUUUAAAGUACAAAUCCAGCGUAAUAGUAGCAGUCGUUUUCCGUUAAAGUUACGCUAUUAAUUAUAAUUACCAAAACAUUUAUGACAAAAGUGUUCAUAGUGAUUAAAAAAGUACCGAAAAGAAUAUUAGUUUUCCAAAUUUUUAAUAAGCUAUCACAGUGUUAUCUAGAAUUUGUUUGGAUUUUGUGUUUAAAAUUGAAAUAUAUUGAUAUUUACCAUCUAUUGUCUCGCUUCAUACUUAUUUUCUCGUAAAAUUCGAUGCUUAGUCUCGGGAACAAGAUUAACUUGAUGUUAGAAGAAAUAUUGAAGAUAUCUGAAUACAUGUAUAAUACAUGAAAUCUUUUCAAGAUUAUUGAAAAUAUUUGUUUUAUAGGAUCUGACGGAUAUAAAAAUAUUGCAAAACUAUUUCUGUGAGAUAUUUUAAAAAUAUUUAAAUAAUAUUUCAACAUUAGAAAAAAAUGUAUCUUUUAUAAUAUCAAAUAAAUGUUUUAAAAUCAUUUUCCUGAGAACAAGCGUUGCGCGUUUCGAGAAAAUAGAUAUGAAAUGAGAAGAAAUGACAAUAGACGUGAACCCUGAUACACUUUAAUUUUAAGCCUAAAAUUAUUGUAUAAAUCCUGGACAGCACUAAACUAUGAUAGCUAACUUACUUUUUUUCGGUGUUUUUUUUGUAUUUUUUUUCUGUCAAUAAAAAACACAACUUUUAAUUUUCUAAUAUUUCUUACUCUGUUUCAUGAAGUAUCAUUCGCAAAUCGUGCCUUCGUAGUACUCGUUAAUAUUCUCGACUUUAGAGAUAAACUUUUGUUUUAUAUUGCUUUAAUCUCAUUCAAUAUAUAUAAAAAAAAGAUCAAUCAAAGAGAUAUACAAAACGUUAAUGUGAUCGGCAUAAUAUGUAAAUAGUAGGGUAGGAGAGUCAGAUGUAUUUCAGAUCGAUUCACAAGAUCGAGUAAAUGACAAUGAUACCGUCCUGUUUAUAUAUACAUACUUGCGUGAUUGAAGAGAUUUUUAUGCCGUCCCUUUGAUAAUUAGUGCCUCGAGAGUUAUACAAUUGUAUGUGUAUAAAUAUGUAUUUGUUUUCAGACAAACAUCAAAGAUCUAUUUUAAUAACAUAGCACACGAUCGAUAUGUAUAUUACAAGAUUUAUAUAUAUAAUGAAGUUUUAGUUAGCAUAAGAUUUUAGGUAAUAUAAUUGUAGUUACACGUCACACUGAUGCUUUAAGGGUAUAUCUUGGACUUCAGAUGUCAGCUAUAAGUGAUAAAUUUUUAUCCAUUCGGAAAUUAUUUAUUAAGCACACAAUGUAAUACACUGGCACUAGCCUCAGUACAUGAACCCUUAAAACGUAUGUGUGCGCGUAACACUUCGAGAUACCGUCCAUGAAGAAGUCUGCUUGACAACAAAGUAAAAAAAAAAUAUAUAUAUAUAUAUAUAUAUCAAAUAUUUGAAUAACGAUUUGUCCAAAUCGUGAAAAAACAUUUUCGCGCGAUAGACGCUUUUUUUUAGAUAUUAACGGAAUCAACAUUUAACACACGUUGGAUAUAUAUAUAUUUUUAAGUUUUAUAACCUUUAUACGAAUAAAUAAUAAAAAAUAUAUAGUAA